AUGCCUUCUCUUGUAGAGACACCGGUUCGCCAACCGUCACCAGAGGUCCAGCUCAUCUCAAAGGUGGCACCUCAGAUGAUGGACGAUGAAGCCCUCUCAAAAGCUGCCGACAUUCUGGAUAUCAUCUGCCGCUACCGCCUUAGACGCCCACACGAAACAUGCCCUGCCCAGCUUGAGGGCAGACUGGGUUUCCUCUCCCAGAUCUACAGAAAAGUCAAGACACAGAGCCCGAUCCGCAUGUGCCUUCCCGCUUUCCCUUUCAAGUCGCCCAACACAAAAGACAAGGUCCUCAGCCGUCUGCCGGAUAAGGCCGAGGAGUUCUCUCUCGCAAACCUCAACGGUCUUUGCUCUGCAAUCAAGGAUAUCUACGAGCCUGGCGCGAAGUUGACCAUCAUCUCUGACGGUCUUGUGUACAACGAUCUCCUCGGCGUUGCCGACAAGGAGGUCUGGUCAUAUGGAGAGACUUUGCGCGGUAUCGCUGCCGAGAAGAACCUGCUCAACAUCGACUUCUCGCGCCUUCAGGACCUCGUUCACCUUCCUAACCUCCCUAACAAGCUCGAGGAGAUCACAUAUGUUGCGAACGCCACCAACUUCCGCCGCGCCCUUCUCAACACCUUUGGUCGAUCUGAAUACGACCCUUCCACCGAGAUCUCCAAGAACGAGGAUACUUGCCUGACAUAUCGCGGGUAUAUCAAGUUCCUCGAGACCGAUCUGCGCCAUGUCUAUCCCGUUGGAGAGGACCGAUCCAAGACUAAGUUCAAGACUGGCAUCGAGUACAUUUCCAAGCAGAUGCUACAGCGUGGUGAUGCCUUCGCUCGCGCUGUUCGUGAGAACUUCCGCGACCACAUCCGCCUGUCCAUCCACCCCUCCACCGGCGAAAACAAGAUCUCCAUCAGCCCUCUUCCCACCUCUUCCUACUACACGACCCCCUGGCACUGCUCGAUCGCCUUCGAUCUGAGCGGCGCGAUCACGACCGGCCCCCGUGCCGACUUCGAGAACGACCCUAAGUAUGAACUCGUCUACGAGGACGGCAGACCUAGCUACUUCCGCGAGAAGAGCGAACUGAUGCAAUGGAAGUCGGACGUUGUCUUCGAGCCCAUGUACCCCUGCGGUCUUCUCAUCCGCCCGGCCCCCGGCUCCAAGAAGCUUUCCAUCCACGACGUCGAGGCGCAAAAGGUCCGCGCUCUGUCCGAGGUCAACUCCCCCGUUGUCAUGAGGGGGUUCACAAAGACCAAGGAUCGCGACCUGUUCGUCAAGAAGUCAGAGGAGUUCGGCACUCCCUUGCCGUGGAAGUUUGGUCUCGUCCUGGAGGUGAAGGACCAGGGUGCCGAUACCCGUGGUCUGAACAACGUUCUGUCAGCCGAGUGGAUGCCAUUCCACUUCGAUGGGCUGUUCAAGACCCACAAAGUGCCCCAGGCGGACGGAACUGAGAAGCUUCUUCCCAACCCUCCCAAGUAA